GUCUGUGGACAGUAUACCACGAGAAGUCCCUCUGGUAACACCUCACAGUGCGUGUCUUGGACUUGUGGUUCAGUUGAGCACAGUGUGAACGCAAGUUACUCAUAUGGGAAACAAGAUUCAUAUGGAAGUCUCUCCAGACGUGUGUACAGCGUCCCUUUCAGACCCUGGUUGGUGGGGCUGGUUCUUGCUGGGUCCGGUCACCUGGUUCAAGGUUUAGUUGUGUUGUGUCGCUCCUAUAUCAUUUACUACGUUAAUGUGAUCGAUACGGUUGCAUGAGUUUUCUUUUUGUAAGUGUAAAUGUUAUACCACUGGAGAAUCCAAGUCGACGAAGGUUCAAGAGAGCACAGAAAUACAAUCUCUGGCGGCUGAGAGAAGCUGCCUGGUCAGGCCUGCCCAUGGAUGCUCCUUCACGAUUCUCAUACACUACAACUUAAUAACCUGAAAGCCUUUCGUCAUUAAGGAUCAGGAUGGCAGACGAAGGAUUGAGUAAGUACGUGGACUUCAGGAGUCUGCCUGAUCCCGAAGACAGGUUCCACCUUCACAGUCUCAUCGCUACCGGUACCUAUGGCGAGAUUUACGAGGCUACAGAUGCCCAGAAUGAUGACCAGAUGGUGGCCAUCAAAAUUAUUGAGAACAUCAAGGAGAACUUGGAGGAGAUCGAGGAAGAACAUCGUGUUCUCUCUGAGUUGAGUCAGCAUGAUAACUUCCCUCAGUUCUUCGGCACCUUCCUUAAGAGGUCUGCGAACCUGGAAGACCACCAGCUGUGGUUUGUUAUGGAGCUGAUGACGCAGGGAUCAGUGUCUGAGCUGGCUCGUGCCUACAAGCUGAGAGACGAGAGGAUGCCAGAGAAACUCAUCGCUUAUAUUCUCAAGGAGAUCAUUAAGGCAGUGCAGCACCUGCACCAGGCACACGUGAUGCAUCGUGAUGUGAAAGGAAUGAACGUACUCAUCACUGAAGACGGCAGGAUCAAACUCGUCGAUUUUGGCCAGUGUGGUCACCUAGACUCCACGAGAGGCAGACGCAAUACUGCAAUGGGCACACCGUACUGGAUGGCCCCGGAGGUGAUAGAGUGUGAGCAGAAGGCUGAUCACGACUAUGACAAUCGCUGUGACGUCUGGGCCCUCGGUAUCACUGCCAUUGAGUUGGCCGAUGGAGAGCCGCCCUACUCAGACAUCCACCCAGUUCGAGCACUCUUCCUGAUAGUGACCAACCCACCACCCACCCUCAAGAUAGUCUCCCACUGGUCGCAAGACUUCGCUGAUUUCAUCUCUGAGUGUUUGGUGAAGACUCCUGACCACCGCCCCAUCCUCCUGGAGGUCCAAGAACAUCCAUUCAUCACUGCAGUGCCUGAGGACCCUACAGAGCUGAGGAAUCUACUGCUGGAGGAGAGACAACGGCUCAUAGACUCCGACUACGUACCUAAGAGACCCAUAACAUCCAUCGUUCGCCAAGGAUAUCUCAAGACCGAACGUCUCAGUAAACCCACGAAGAUGAUCACUGACGACCUUGCAUCUCUUGAUGUUUUCAACGACGAGGUGGUCCUCGACACGCUCUUCUGUCGCUGGAAAGAUGGCAAGGUGUACACUUGGGUAGCUGACGUCCUUGUGGCAGUCAACCCCUUUGCUGAUACUUGCAAAUAUGAUGAAGAGGUACAAGUAAAAUACAAAUCGAAGUCACGGAGCCAUAACGACCCUCACGUGUUUGCCGUGGCUGACCGAGCCCACCAAGACAUGAUGCACCACAAGGAACAUCAGACCAUUGUCCUCACUGGAGAGUCAGGCAGUGGCAAGACCUACAACUUUCAUCAACUCAUUAAUCAGUUCACAUACAUUAGUUAUAGUAACCCCAGUCUGAUGGACAAACUCAAGAGGGUGUGCUCUGUGCUGGAUGCCUUCGGCAAUGCUGUUACUCAGCUUAAUCCAAAUUCCACCCGUCAUCUUCGUUAUUUUGACAUCACUUUCUCCAAAACUGGCAAGAUCUCGGGAGCUAUCGUCUGGCUGCUCAUGCUGGACAAGUUCCGGGUCACAGAACAACCAAGAGAUGAAGGCAACUUCCACGUAUUCUACUACACGUAUGACGGCCUCUCACAGACAGAAAGACUGUCUCGCUAUGGUCUCAAGGUGGGCAGGAAGUAUCGCUACUUGGGCAAGCAUCCUUAUGACAACGAAGUCACCAAUGCUCAAAAGUUCGCUAAAAUCGAGGAAGAUCUUCAGGUGAUUGGCUUCAGGGACCGUGAGAUGCACACCAUCUUGCUGGUGUUGUCUGCCAUUCUCACCUUGGGCAAUGUAGAGUUCAGCGGAGACCAGAAAGCAGUCAUUGUUGACGAAGAGCCGGUCAGGGAAGUGUGUAGACUCUUGGACAUCGAAGAGAAGAAACUGUCUUGGGCGCUAUGUAACUACUGUCGAGCGCAGACCGAGCAGAAAUUGGAGUCAGCUAAGAAAACCCAGGAGGAGGCUGAGCUCAGCAGGGAUGCUCUGGCUAGGACACUCUACACCCGCCUCGUCGACUUUGUCGUCAAUUCCAUUAACUCAAAGCUCUCAGUCACCAGAUUCGUCUUCGGUGAUCCCUACGCUAUAGGAAUACUGGACAUGUUCGGAUUUGAGGCGAACGACCACAACACCUUAGAGAACCUUCUUGUGAAUGUGGCUAAUGAACAAGUCCAAUACUACUACAACCAAUACGUGUUCAACUGGGAGAUGCAAGAUUACAAGGAGGAGGGCAUCUCCGUCAAGAACUUCACCUUCCCAGACAACCGUCACAUUCUUGAGCUCUUCCUGGCCAAGAACUGUGGCAUCUUCGCCAUCCUGGAAGACGAGAGUCGCCAGAGCUGUGGCAGCGACGCUUCCUUGUCUUACAAACUAAAGCAGCGGGUGAACCAGAAGCAGCUACAGCAGGUAAUCAGUGGGAGAGAGGUAACAAGGUUCGGCACAUCUCACAUCUUAAAGAAAAGCCCUAUGUGUCUGCCAGGAUACGAUGCAUGUUUACCAGUCUUGUGCUUCUGGCCGGAUACGAUGCAUGUUUACCAGUCUUGUGCUUCUGGCCGGAUACGAUGCAUGUUUACCAGUCUUGUGCUUCUGGCCGGAUACGAUGCAUGUUUACCAGUCUUGUGCUUCUGGCCGGAUACGAUGCAUGUUUACCAGUCUUGUGCUUCUGGCCGGAUACGAUGCAUGUUUACCAGUCUUGUGCUUCUGGCCGGAUACGAUGCAUGUUUACCAGUCUUGUGCUUCUGGCCGGAUACGAUGCAUGUUUACCAGUCUUGUGCUUCUGGCCGUAUACGAUGCAUGUUUACCAGUCUUGUGCUUCUGGCCGGAUACGAUGCAUGUUUACCAGUCUUGUGCUUCUGGCCGUAUACGAUGCAUGUUUACCAGUCUUGUGCUUCUGGCCGGAUACGAUGCAUGUUUACCAGUCUUGUGCUUCUGGCCGGAUACGAUGCAUGUUUACCAGUCUUGUGCUUCUGGCCGGAUACGAUGCAUGUUUACUUGUUUUCCAUUCUUGUGGUUCUGAAAUUUGAUUUUUUCCUACAGCGUUUUAACACUAAAUCGAAGGGACGGAUGUCACAGAGUCAACACAUGCACACACUAGCCAUGAACUUUCGGUACUCUCUCAUAGAGCUGCUCUACAAGCUCACUAACUCUCAGCCUCACUUCCUGAGAUGCAUCCGCUCCAACAUGGACAACUCCGGCUCUAUCUUCGACCGUGACAUGAUAAAACACCAAAUCAAAUACCAUGCUAUAUGUGACACUAUCAGGAUUCGACAGCAAGGAUUCUCUUACAGGAUUCCUUACCAGGAAUUCCUUCGAAGAUACCAGUUCCUAGCGUUUGAGUUCCACGAACCUGUAGAUGUGACGAAGGACAACGCUCGAUUACUUCUCCUGCGACUCAGGAUGGAGGGCUGGGCCAUCGGCAAGGACAAGGUCUUCCUCAAGUAUUACAAUGAGGAAUUUCUUUCCAGACUGUAUGAGUCGAGUGUGAAGAUUAUCAAGAUUCAAGCUGUGAUGCGAUCUUACAUGCUCAGGAAGAAUAAGAAUAAGUCAGAGAUCACCAAGCCUCAAGACAACUCCAAAGGCGUCAAGGUUCACGAGAAGAACCUGGAGAUCAUCAACAGAAUAAAGGAGCGCCAGAGAUUUGGUGAAGAUACGAUAGAGGCGGAGGCUGCUCGCUACGUCCAGUUCUACUUCAGGAAGUGGAAGAUGAGGACUCUCUUCCAGCAGCUGCAGGUCUACCGUGCCGACAAACAGCAGAAACUUGUCUACUUCUCCCAGCAGGUGAGAGGGAUGGCCAUUACCACAAAGUCACUGCUAAGUUGUCUACUAAAGAAAACAUACACAUUGUGGAACAAGUUUUUAUGUGGCCAAAGGCGACCCAGCGGGGCUAGGUUAGAUACGUCCUUCUGUGACCCCAAAGCAGAGGAGUAUAUGCAGGGGGACAACGGGGAGAUGGGAAGCUCCCUUCAGACCCUGACUCCUCCCCCCCAGGUCACUGAUGCUGAUGAAGAAGGGAAGUGCUCAGUCACUGCCACGGACGUCAGCUCCAAAGCUGCUAUCUUUGAGCAAGGUCUCAAGACCAGUGAGAGCAAGAAGACCCCCACCACCCCCACCACAACCUCGUCGUACAACAGGUUUGCAGGCAGCAACAGUUACAGACCGCCACCCAACUUCAGCAACUUCACCAAACCAAUCCAGGUUAACCAAUACAGCAGCAGUUACAUCAAGACGCCAGCAUCCAGGCCCUCUGUUGUUGUCAACACAUGGAAUGAGCGUCAGCAUAAUGGUUACACAAACACUGUGGAUCAGGACGACCAAGGCUUGCACGACUUCAGAAAGAUGCUUCGUAAAACCAACCGCUCUGUCAUCCUGGAGCUGGAGGCUCGGGUAGCGGCAGCUGGAGGCGCUACUGAUGGCAUUAUUAACUUUAAGGAAAAGAAGCAGGAAGUUACUGGAGGAGAUGACGACCAAGCCAGCCCGGACGACGAGGCUAGUCAAGAGUACCCUGAGAUAUCACCUCUGGAGGAGAUGUUGGAGCGCAUCAAGGAAGUGGUACCAGAAGCCAAGGAGGAUGUUACUCAGGAUACACAAGCCACUAAGGAUACACAGGAAACAGCAGACAAGGAGGAGAAACCAGAGACCUUUUAUCCCAAUGGUGACGACAGGUCCUCGACCCCAACCUUCACUGAAGAGACCGAGGAGGCUAUGCUGUAGAGGAGACAGAAAGACCAUAAUGCAUGGUGACCUCGUGUCUUGUUCUUAUUAAACCAACACCCAACGACAAGUUACUCUAUGAUCCAGCCCAGGAGACUAUAUGGUAACACGAAUAACUGAAGCAGAAGACUAUUUUGUAAUAAGAGUGACGGGUGACCAAAGUCUACUAGGAGACCACCUCCUAUCAAGAUCAUAGACCAAAUACCACAUUCCACUAAGGACAGAACUGGAGCAUUUCUUAAGAAGAGCCGAAAUACCAAGUACCACUUACUAAUGAGUUUAGAACAAGGAAGCCAGGCUAUCUAGACAAAAUAAACAAGUAAUAGAGACAAAGGAGCUUUGUGGAGUGGCAUUAUCAUAACCAGUGAGGUUUAUCAGAGGUGCAAUUAUUGAUAUUUGAAAAAAAAAAUAACGCUAGGAUAACAAGUUUAUUCCUCAGCGAAUAUACACCAAGAUGUAUACAUUUUUAGUGAAUAUACACCAGGUGUAUUUUUUUAAAAUUAAAUACUCCAAGAAAGGUUAUUCAGUAAAUAUACUGUAGGUGUGUUUCUCGUGUAUAUACACGAUGUGUAUAUUUGAAUACAUGCUGAAAGGUGUGUAUUUCUGUGUAUGUAUUGCUUAGCAUAUAUACACUAAACAGGUUUCUCAGUGCAUAUAUAUUGAGACUUGAACUGAAUUCCUGUUUCAGGGUUUAAAAUAUUCUUAACUGAUGUGUAUUAAGUGUAGACUUAAUGAUCCUCGUGUAGUAGAUAGGCUUUAAACCUAACAAAUGUUAUAAAGAUAACUUUAGCAGAUUAUAAAAUAGGAAAUAUAGUGGAAAUAGGGUAUUCUCCACACCUAACCUCUCCAUUACAACCUAUUUUUUAGAUGAAGUUUAAGUAGGAAGGGAAGAGGAUGGGUAAAACUAGCAAUUUGGGUAACAAGUCAGAAUCGUUUAAAUUUUUUUAUUGAAGUUAAGGGCAUGAGGAUUGUAUCCUAGAUAUUUCAUAAAAAUUGUCUAAAAAAAAUUCUCCUUAAGGCAAUACUUACUACACUUUGAUGCAAACUUACGACUACUGAAAGUGUUUGUGGUGAGUACGGGAUCUAGUGGAGCUGGUUUUAUUGGGAACGCAAAAGUUAUAAAGUGCUAUUAUAUUUUUUAGGACAGACUUUCUUCAGAAUUUUUUGGGGAGGAUAAUAUAGUAUUAAUUUUGUACACUUGCCUAAAGCACUUCUAGUAUAACUGGAGAUACCUGAAGAGGGUUUCAGGGGGCAACGCCCCUGCUGCCCAGUCUGUGACCAGUAUGACUAAUUUUUGUUUAAAUGUGUCGGAAGAAGCAAAAUAAACAACUUAAUUUCUUUGUGUAGUAUAUAAAGUAGUGUUCUGGGGGUCAAUACCCCCGUGACCCGGUCUAUUUUUUCAUGACAAUAAUAGGAUAUGAUAAAAUCAGGGAAUGGGAGGCAUUUGAACCAAUGGCCAGCGAGUCCUAAAACUCAAGCCAGUGCGUUAACCACUGGACCAGGUGGCUCUAGUAAGGUUCACCCAACUAGGUAUAUUUCUAUACACCAUGGGAAAGUUAGCAUGAGCCACCACUGUGACCACAAAUGCAUUUUUUUUUUUUUGCAAAUGAUUCCCACACUAGCAUGGCUGGGGCGUACACUAGCUCAAACGUUAUUACAAUUUCGAGUCGGGAUUCUAUCCUCAUGCCAUAUUGAUCUUUUCAAUACAAAGAAAUCAAACUAUUCGGACUUACUAAGUUGCUGGAUUCACCCGACAUCAUACUUGUCAGUCAUCACGCCGUUUGAUCCAUGUCUCGAAUCAGAGACAUGGAGUUAAAAUUUGGCUCCAGGUUGGCUCCACACAGUUGCUGUCUACCAGGCUGUCAGCAUCUCUCACCCUUCAGUCAUGUCUAGUGUCUUAUAGCCACAUAUUUUAGACUUCAUGUUGACAUGCUCCUAUUCCAGCCUCAUCUCUCUAGUUAUUAUCAUUGUAAUAUACAUGUUACAGCAUUUUAAGAAUGUAUAAAAUAUUAGAUUGAAAAUACAAAUAUAAUUGUAACCAUUGUAUUAACACUAACGUGCAUUAUACUCUCAGCAUCAUUAUAUCUGUUAUAGGUUAGAAUUAUUUGCUUUAGUAUAUAAUAUAUAUUAAUGUUAAA